CUUAAAUACCUACUGUGGCGCGCUCUUAUCAGCUGUUAGUCGCUCUCAUGUGUAUCGGAAGAAUAUGUGUGACAUUCGCCAGGUCUGCUGAGGCUGAAUACAAACUUUUAUUGAGUGAUUUAUCUUGUAAUCGGUGAUUUUGUUGAUCAAGUGAUCUGAACGGAAGUGCAUCUCCAGUGGGUAACGAUAUGAGCCUUCAUACGAUGAACGAAAUAGUGCAAAAAUACAAAAGCUGGAAGUCCUACAUAAAGUUCGUAAAGCUGGUCUCAGACGGUAUGGAGGACGAAACGUUUUUCGGCGAGAAGCAAUCGAUACGGGAAUCGGCUCGGGGAGCGCUGAAGAAGUACGGCAGUAUUUCCGGCACAGUCAACUGUGGAGGUAGCAACCGAUCGCCCGCCCUAUGCACCGAUGCGCUUAUCCGACAUGACAUCGAAAAAACCGAUACCCUGCAGGGUAUUGCGUUAAAGUAUGAAUGCAGUAUGGAACAAAUUCGCCGCAUCAAUCGUCUUCUACCAACCGACUCAAUCUUUUUGCGACCCUUCCUAAUGAUUCCGGUGGGGAAAGAUUCGCCCUACUAUCCUCAAGAUCCGUCGUCGAUUAUUCGACCCAGUGCACUCUCAAUUCGGUCGGCUACGGUUGCUGGCUGUCCGUCCAGCUCAUCUGCCUGUUCCACACCGGUUGCAGAUCCAGGAAUUAGUGAGGUUAGCGCUAUUUCUCCAGAAGAGGAAAGUCGGAAAAACAUGGAAGAGUUUCUUGGCAAGAUUGAUUCCUCGAUAGCUUCUUCACGGAAGUAUAUAGCAGAGUCGCAGAAAAAUAGUGAAUUCAUGUCCAGUCAGAGCGACGAUAACAUUUUCAGUUCCGGCGCCAGCGUCAACAGCAGUGGCUACUAUUCAAAGCCACGGGCAUACUCGACGGCUUCCUCGUCGUCAUCAAUUUCGUCAUAUCAGCAGUAUCAUUAUCAUAAUAUCACAGGCGCAUCGGGCGGGACAGGUGCUAGUUCGUUGUCCCACCAUCAGCAGCAUCACAUUCGACAAAACUCAUCAGGAAGUACGGCCUCUGACACGAGUCAGUUAAUCGUAAUGACCCAAGGCAAGCGGGUUCAAAGUUCACUGCAAAAAUUGGAAAAACAACAGGACGAACUGUUUGAGUUGUAGCAGCGGCAUCAUUCAUCUGUCGCCUCCCAAUCACCAGCGAAAUUCGAUCAGCUUGAAUUGAAAAUGGUCGAAUAUCACCAGCACGAGCGGUAUUUGCUUACUGUCGGAUCCAGCAGAGAUUGUACCCCUUAUCAGACCCAUCCAUCGUACCGACGGCUGGUAACAACGCUUGGAUCGGGCUUCAAAUCCAGAGUAAACAGUUUUUUAUCACUGUUGACGCGAAAUCGGGAACAGUAUCAACUGCGCCAUCACCGAUAUCUUCGACAACGGAACGAAAUCAGAGAGACAGAAGAAUCACCAAUUACCAGUCCAUUGCGAAGAGCGAUUUGCAGAACCAAAACCUAAUUUUUGCUUGCUAGCGGUCAAAGACCACCAGCAAUGAAAGCGGUGCGGUAAGUGCAUAGUUCAUUAUGGUAUGAAAAAAAGAAGAAAGGUUAACAAAAUAUAAUUUAACCACCCGCAUCUAUACUUAAUCCUAACUGAUGAGAUUCUUUUGGAGCAGCUUGAGAGAUCAACACGUUUAUUUUUGUUUUGUAUUGCUUAAUAGAGUGUGAUAAUCGAAGUAUAAGCUUUAAACGAUGGUGAAACCAGUACAUUAUUUGUACUCAACAAUCGAUUCACGGAGACAGAUUUGACUAUCCACAAAAUGCGAGAGUAGUAUCGAAAGGAGGCUUUUCUAACGAGCGCAAUUUUCUCUCCUAGUAACUUGAAAUGAGUUUUCAAAAUUGCCCUGAAUUAUCGGUGCACAAUUUCUGUCAUCAUCAAGUUCGUAUCUCAAAGAAUGUGUUGUCCUAAAAGACCCCCGUCAGACAUAAUAGCACUACGUUAUGCUUUACUUUGAUUAUAAAUUUUCCUCAAAAGCUCAGUACCUCCAAAAAAUCUGAAAUCGCUUGAAACGUAGAUAAUCAGCUCGCGGAAUCAGCAUCAAAGUGAUACAUGUUAUUCAAUGCCACUUCGCAAUCAGUAUCGUGCGGAAUUCGCGCUCACAGCUUUUUCACUUGCACCUUCGUUUAAAAUAUUAUCCUAUAGAGAUAUAAAUAUUUAAUCAGAUUAUAAAAUUGAAACUGUUGCCUUCAAUGUACUACUUUAGAGAAGAGAGUAACCUAUUAUAAAAAAGCAAAAAAUCCCCGCGGUCAUAUACUAUUGCCUAAAUUAUUGAAAUUACUCUGCGAAUAGUAAUUCUUCGACAGGUUAACAUUCUCACAUACACACGCACUCAAAGAUUGGUGGUUUCCAAUUAAUCAAACUUAUUUUUUAUUAUUUUUUUAUGUAUUUUACCAAAGCUAAGUGAAAAAUGUUAAUUAUUAUAUCUCACAAGCAGUCAGCAAUAAUAAUUACCAACACUAUCCAGCCUGUAAGCUGCAAUAAAUUAGAAAGUGUGCUGAAAUGUUUAUUUUUUUGUAAAUUAUUUAUUGCCACCCGUUGCUGCUGCAGUUCGUACUCAUCUAGGCUAAGCUUAAACAAUAUACUAACCAACCCAGAUUGUGAUAAUCCUUAAUUCCGAUGGUGUCGCAUUGACGCUUGUUUCAAAUCUCUGAUCUGAGUAUGCUUUUCUAAGAUUCUGUACCCUCUCAUGUUUAUUGCUUCGUCAAACCUGGAACAAUGGUGAAAUUUGUUGUAGAACCGUUGUAUUAUCAUUAAAGUUUGUUAAAUAGUGACACCUAAUCGUGAUAAAGAGAGGGAAAAAGCAGUAAACAUGCAAGUAAAGCAAUUAGUUAUAACGCAAGCGAAACAUACUAAAUUUCAUCGCAUCCUGAAAUUAGCGAGAAUAAACAAUGGAUUUAAUAACCGCAAUUAUGAUAUACAGUAAGUGUAAAUACAAAGGAAAAGGACACCAGACCAAACAGGAGCAAAAUAGUUAUGUAUUUGAAUUGUGGAAACUAUGUUUCAAAAACGCAUGUCCAGAUGCAGCGAGCAGCGAAAGGAAACGCCUGAAAGGUAUGAUCUGAAUCAACCAAAAUUUACCCUUAUUAUCCUCGAAAAAAAAACUGCAACUAUAGAUAGUCAUCUCUAGAACACUAAUAGCAAAGUUUGGGCAAAUAUGAAUUGAGCUAAAAUUGUUAGAACUACUCGUGAAUGUCAGUGUAAAUUUAUGUAUAUAUAAAUAUUUUUAGCGGAUGGAGAACCUAUAAAAACGUACAGAAAUAAAUACGAUAUACGAUCAUAUAUAGUGUCAUAAUAAA